AAUGCAGUUAGGCAUCUCCCUGGCUCAAAAAUUGGGUUGUCCAGUCUUCUGGAUUCGCUGUCCUUGCCAAAACGAUCAAAACCGUUAAUGCGAGGUUGAGCUCUCAAUUAGUGGGUUUCUUUUAUUCCACAUUUCUUACGAAUAAAUGAGUCCAUUUUCCUCCUAGAGAGAGAGUGGAGAAUUUCAUAGUAUUGCAUAUAUUGAGAUUCUUUCUGCAUUAUCAGUUUGAGAUUUCACUGUUGUAUCUAGAGAGAGAAACUGCGACAGUGAGUCCUUUCUCUUCUUGUCUUUUGAUUGACACCGCCACCAGUACCAUGAGAAAGAGGGAGAGAGAGAACCCAUGUGGAAUUUGUGGGCAUUAUCACAAGUAUGAGGAGGGAGAAGUUUGUGGGGUUUGUGGCCACCGUAUUCAGGCCACACUUGAGAAGCCCUCUCAUCAAUUCAGUGCUUUUCCAACUGAGAUUCUUCCUGAAUUCCUCUUUCUGGGCAGCUACGAUAACGCUUCACGCGCAGAGCUCCUUAAAACUCAAGGGAUUACUCGAAUUAUUAAUACUGUGCCUGCUUGUCAGAAUCUCUAUAAGAACUCUUUUACCUAUUACUGCCUCAAAGAAGAUAAGACUUUAGCAUUUGAUGAUGCAAUCGAACUGAUAGAACAGGUUGAGAAGGAAAGGGAACGUGUUCUUGUUCAUUGCAUGUCAGGGCAAAACAGAUCCCCAGCUAUUGUAAUUGCAUACCUCAUGAAAUGCAAAAGAUGGAGACUCGCUCAGAGUUACCAAUGGGUUAAGGAUCGCAGGCCAUCAGUGAACCUUAGUCCAGCUGUCUAUGAGCAGUUGCAGGAUUAUGAACGAAAGGUCUUUGGAUCAAACGAGAGCAAUCCAAUCACUGUUUUCCCAUCACCUGAAAUUGCAAGUUCGUUUGGGUUUGGAUUUCAAGCACCGAGUGCUGACCAAGUUUUGUUCCCGAAAUUCAAUGUACCGUCCUCAACUUCAAUCUUUGAUAGUGGCAGUUUAAACAUGCCUCCACAGUCGUUCACUUUUGCAGCUGGGAAAGAUGAGAAGGUACCACACAACCCAUUUGGUGUUACCCCUCCAAAUGGUGCCAAUGCUCCCAUGGAUAGCUCUUAAUGGGCCACUGUUAAGAUGAGAUAUCUAAAGUGGUAGGGAACUUUAAAUGCCUUUUCGGUUAUUCCAAGAAGAUCUCCAACAUUUCGAGCUAUGGAAGAAAGGGCAAAAGAAAGAAUUAGCAUGGGAAGAUAGAGAAGAAAAAGGAAUUAUUCAAGCUUUUGCAAUCCUUCCAGUCUUGUGAUUGGUUUUUGUCGUCAAUUGAUAUGAAGACAUGUCUUUGUCGGUUGAAUGGUGAUGUCGGGUUUAUUUGUAGAGCUGUUGCUUUCACUAUCAUAAUAGCUCUCUUGAAGUUUAAGAAAAUAUAGUACCGAUAUACAUUGAAUUAUUUUGUUCUUUACCAUGUUGUAACUUUGUGCUCAACAGAUGUAGAUAUUUUUUGUGGAGAAUUAUGGUCAGUAGUAAUGUUUCAUAUAUGAGGUGAUGUAUGAGAAACUUUGUUAGUUGUAUACUGGAUAAAUGAAUAUUUGAUGAGAUUUGAACUGUUCC